AUGGUUGUCAACGAUCGGACAAUAAGUACGCGAACCAUAGCACGCUCUCAACAAGUUAGUCAGACAACAGUUUGUAAGGUUUUAAAAUCGGCUCACUUUCAUCCUUAUAAAGUAGUUCUUACCCAAGAACUGUAUGCUAAUGAUAAACCUCGUAGGCUGGAGUAUUGUCGCUGGCUCCUUAAUGUGAGUGAAGAAAAUUAUUAUUUCUCCAAGUACAUUCUUUUUUCAGACGAAUGUACUUUUAAAAACAAUGGCAUCGUCAACCGCCAUAACUCACAUUAUUGGGCCACCGAGAAUCCGCACUGGAUGCAACAAGCACAUAGCCAAGUCAGGUGGUCGGUGAACAUUUGGGCGGGUAUCCUCGGUGCCCACAUUAUUGGGCCAUAUUUCAUUAAUGAGAAGGUCGAUGGCCAAGGAUAUCGUGAAUUUCUUAAAAAUGAACUUGUUGCCUUGUUAGAUGAUGUGCCACUGGAAUCACGUAUUAACAUGUGGUUCCAGCAGGACGGCCAUCCUGCACAUUCUGCCAAGGCAACAAAAACAUUGUUAAAUAAGAAAUUCGGUAAUCGCUGGAUCGGACUUCACAGUCCGCGAGAAUAG